AUGAACCAUGCUGACAUCAGUGAGGAUGGGAAGGAUGAUGGUGGUGAUGUUGACGAAGAGGAUGAUGAAGAGGAAGAGAUGACCAUGACACCUAGUAAAAUGGAUGAAGGUGAUGAAGCUGCUGGCGUUGCUGCCCGCUCUCCCCAGAUCUGCCCAACUGGAGAGUUGGCCGGCUGGAGCCGGGAGGCCUGCAAGCUAAAGCAGCGGGCCGUCGAAAUGGCCGGAGGUUCUACCAUCGGAAAGCCCGUUCGACAGCGGGUUCUAACGCUCGAGCUGCCGAACUUCCGACUGAGCCUGAGAGCGUUCGAAAUUCCGAACUUCCGAGCCUCGGAACAGCGGGCUCUCGGAAGGUUCGAACUUGCGAACUUCCGGCCAGCAGACCUUGUGGAAAUCGAAACCCCCGAACAGCCAACCGCCCCGAAUAAAACCCCGAACCCUACCGACCNGCCGCCGCUGGCGACCUACGGCACCGGGCCACACUUGGCCGGGGAGAAGAUGUUGUCUGCGGCCGCCUUCGAGCCGCACGCGGCCAUGCUGGCCCGGGCUGAGGACCCGCUGGGCCGCGGCCUCGGGGCGCCUGGAGCGGGUCUGAUGGCGCCGCUCAAUGGGCUAGGCGCGCACGGGCACCAUGCGGGUCCCGGCGGCAGCGCCAGCGGCGGCGGAGGGCUGUUGGCCGAGCGCGAGCGGCAGGCGGCGGCGGCCGCAGCGUCGGGUUCGCAGGCGGGCAGCUCCGGCCAGGUGGAAGAGAUCAACACCAAAGAGGUGGCCCAGAGGAUCACAGCGGAGCUGAAACGCUACAGCAUCCCCCAGGCUAUUUUCGCCCAACGCAUCCUGUGCCGCUCGCAGGGCACCCUCUCCGACCUGCUGCGCAACCCCAAGCCCUGGAGUAAGCUCAAGUCCGGCCGCGAGACCUUCCGCAGAAUGUGGAAGUGGCUGCAGGAGCCCGAGUUCCAGAGGAUGUCGGCCCUCAGACUCGCAGCUUGCAAGCGGAAGGAACAGGAGCAGCAGAAGGAGCGGACGCUGCAGCCCAAGAAACAGCGCCUGGUCUUCACGGACCUGCAGCGCCGCACGCUGAUCGCCAUCUUCAAGGAGAACAAGCGGCCGUCCAAGGAGAUGCAGGUCACCAUCUCGCAGCAGCUCGGCCUGGAGCUCAACACCGUCAGCAACUUCUUCAUGAACGCGCGGCGCCGCUGCAUGAACCGCUGGCAGGAGGAGCCUGGCGGCCCCGCCUCCGCCUCGGCCUCUGCAGCCGCGGCCGGCACCUUCUCCAAAGCAUGA